CUGCCCCUGCCGCCGCCGCCGCCGCCGCUGGCCGAGCGGUUUUUUUUGUGUGUUUUUUUUUGCUUUGCUGGAGCCGCCAUAUUGACGAGGACGGGCAGCCGCGGCUGCGGAAGGUAGUGGCCGCCGCCGGCGCUGCAGCCCCCGUGCAGCCGGCGCGCCGGGGCCUCCCCGCUCAGCCCCUCCCGCGCUCAGUUCGCAGGCCUCGCGGGAGUCCGUGUGCCGCCCCUCCCGGGAGGCGGCGGCUCCUCAGCGCCCGGCUCGGUCGGCGCCGGGAGCGAGCCGCGAGGAGCGAGCCGCAGCGCAGCGAGCAGGCCGGAGCGCGGACGCGGACGGCGAUCGGGGAAAGCGAGGCGGCCGCGGCGGGAGGAGGAGCGGGAGGAGGUGACGCAGGACAGACGCACCGCCCGGAGCCGUCGGAGCGGAGCGCAGAGCCCGGCCUGAGAGGAAGGGAAGAGGGCCGGCGGCGGCGGAGGAGGAGCGGCCACCGCUGCAGGGCGGGCGCUGCGAGCGCGGAGUCCCGGCACCCGAGCUGUCGCCGCGGCCUCUCCACACACUUUGUCGCCCGUCGUGUCCCCCUCCCCCCUCCCCCGACCGGGGGCCUGGGAUGCACCCGCGUCCGUCUGGCCCCGCGACUGAGUGGCGCUGCCGGCUCCGCGUGUCCUGCCGCCGAAGACGAGACGCCCGGGUUGUGCGGUUAUGCAAUGGUCUGUGCAGGAUGGUUUAUUCUUGAAUUGGAGCUUCCGAAGACUGACAGAUGCUGGUACUUCAUCUUCUAUAAGUGGACUCUGAUUUCUUUUCUCAAGACAACUACAUAAGCAGACAAAAUUGCAAAGAUCUGCCCUGUGUCGAGUAUGACAGCCACGACUCGUGGCUCUCCGGUAGGAGGGAAUGACAACCAGGGCCAGGCUCCUGAUGGCCAGUCUCAGCCCCCCCUCCAGCAGAAUCAGACGUCAUCGCCUGAUUCUUCCAAUGAAAAUUCCCCGGCAACUCCUCCAGAUGAGCAAGGUCAGGGUGAUGCUCCCCCGCAGCUGGAAGAGGAGGAGCCUGCGUUUCCACACACCGACCUGGCCAAGUUGGAUGACAUGAUCAAUAGGCCUCGGUGGGUGGUUCCAGUUUUGCCGAAAGGGGAAUUAGAAGUGCUUUUAGAAGCUGCUAUUGACCUUAGUAAAAAAGGCCUUGAUGUUAAAAGUGAAGCAUGUCAGCGAUUCUUUCGAGAUGGGCUCACAAUAUCCUUCACGAAGAUCCUUACAGACGAGGCAGUGAGUGGCUGGAAGUUUGAGAUUCACAGGUGUAUUAUCAAUAACACUCAUCGCCUGGUGGAACUGUGUGUGGCCAAGUUGUCCCAAGACUGGUUUCCACUUCUAGAACUUCUCUCCAUGGCCUUAAAUCCUCAUUGCAAAUUCCAUAUCUACAAUGGUACCCGUCCAUGUGAAUCCGUUUCCUCAAGUGUUCAGCUGCCUGAAGAUGAACUCUUUGCUCGUUCUCCAGACCCUCGCUCACCAAAAGGUUGGCUAGUGGAUCUCCUCAACAAAUUCGGCACUUUAAAUGGGUUCCAGAUUUUGCAUGAUCGUUUUAUUAGUGGAUCAGCAUUAAAUGUUCAAAUAAUUGCAGCUCUUAUUAAACCGUUUGGACAAAGCUACGAAUUUCUCACUCUCCACACGGUGAAAAAGUACUUUCUUCCCGUCAUAGAAAUGGUUCCACAGUUUUUAGAAAACUUAACUGACGAAGAGCUGAAAAAAGAAGCAAAGAAUGAAGCCAAAAAUGAUGCCCUUUCAAUGAUUAUUAAAUCUUUGAAGAAUUUAGCGUCAAGGGUUCCAGGACAAGAAGAAACUGUAAAAAAUUUAGAAAUAUUUAGGUUAAAAAUGAUACUUAGAUUAUUGCAAAUUUCUUCUUUCAAUGGCAAGAUGAACGCACUGAACGAGGUUAAUAAGGUGAUUUCCAGCGUGUCGUACUACACUCACCGCCAUGGGAACCCCGAGGAGGAAGAGUGGCUCACAGCUGAGCGAAUGGCAGAAUGGAUACAGCAGAACAACAUCUUAUCCAUCGUCCUGCGAGACAGCCUGCACCAGCCACAGUACGUAGAGAAGCUGGAGAAGAUUCUUCGUUUCGUCAUCAAAGAAAAGGCUCUGACCUUGCAAGACCUUGACAAUAUCUGGGCAGCACAGGCGGGGAAGCACGAGGCCAUUGUGAAGAAUGUACAUGAUCUACUGGCAAAGUUGGCCUGGGAUUUUUCUCCUGAACAACUCGAUCAUCUCUUUGAUUGCUUUAAGGCGAGUUGGACAAAUGCAAGUAAAAAGCAGCGUGAGAAGCUGCUUGAGCUGAUUCGGCGUCUUGCAGAGGAUGACAAGGACGGGGUGAUGGCGCACAAGGUGCUGAACCUGCUGUGGAACCUGGCGCACAGCGACGACGUGCCCGUGGACAUCAUGGACCUGGCCCUCAGUGCCCACAUCAAAAUACUCGAUUACAGCUGCUCCCAGGACCGUGACACACAGAAGAUCCAGUGGAUAGAUCGCUUUAUAGAAGAACUUCGUACAAAUGACAAAUGGGUCAUCCCCGCACUGAAACAAAUUAGAGAAAUUUGUAGUUUGUUUGGGGAGGCACCUCAGAAUUUGAGUUCUUCUCGUUUCAGUCAAACUCAGCGAAGUCCCCAUGUAUUUUAUCGCCAUGAUUUAAUCAAUCAACUUCAGCACAAUCAUGCCCUAGUUACUUUGGUAGCAGAAAACCUUGCAACUUACAUGGAAAGCAUGAGACUGUAUGCUAGAGACCACGAGGACUAUGACCCACAGACUGUAAGGCUGGGCAGUAGAUACAGUCACGUUCAAGAAGUCCAAGAACGGCUCAACUUCCUGAGGUUUCUGCUGAAGGACGGCCAGCUGUGGCUGUGCGCCCCGCAGGCGAAGCAGAUCUGGAAGUGCCUGGCGGAGAACGCCGUGUACCUGUGCGACCGCGAGGCCUGCUUCAAGUGGUACUCCAAGCUGAUGGGGGACGAGCCCGACCUGGACCCCGACAUUAACAAGGACUUCUUCGAAAGCAACGUGCUUCAGCUCGACCCCUCCCUCUUAACUGAAAAUGGGAUGAAGUGUUUCGAGCGGUUCUUCAAAGCUGUGAAUUGUCGAGAAGGAAAACUCGUGGCAAAGAGGAGAGCCUACAUGAUGGACGACUUGGAGUUGAUCGGGUUAGACUACCUGUGGAGGGUUGUGAUUCAGAGCAAUGAUGAUAUCGCCAGCAGAGCUAUAGAUCUCCUUAAAGAGAUAUACACAAACCUGGGGCCGAGGCUACAGGUCAAUCAGGUGGUGAUCCAUGAAGACUUCAUUCAGUCUUGCUUUGAUCGUUUGAAAGCCUCCUAUGACACGCUGUGUGUGUUGGAUGGUGACAAAGACAGUAUUAAUUGUGCGAGACAGGAAGCUGUGCGGAUGGUUCGAGUGUUGACCGUGCUGAGGGAAUACAUAAAUGAAUGCGACAGCGACUACCACGAGGAAAGAACCAUUCUGCCCAUGUCGAGGGCUUUCCGUGGCAAGCACCUCUCUUUCAUAGUCCGCUUUCCGAACCAGGGCAGACAGGUGGAAGACCUGGAUGUGUGGUCCCAUACAAACGACACGAUCGGUUCCGUGCGGCGGUGCAUUCUCAAUCGCAUUAAAGCCAACGUGGCCCACACAAAAAUCGAGCUCUUCGUGGGCGGGGAACUGAUAGAUCCUGCCGAUGACAGGAAGUUGAUUGGACAAUUAAACUUAAAAGAUAAAUCGCUAAUCACAGCCAAGCUUACACAAAUAAGUUCCAAUAUGCCUUCGAGCCCUGAUAGCUCUUCUGAUUCCUCAACUGGAUCUCCUGGAAACCAUGGCAACCAUUACAGCGAUGGUCCCAAUCCCGAAGUGGAAAGCUGUUUGCCCGGGGUGAUAAUGUCCCUGCAUCCCAGAUACAUCUCUUUCCUUUGGCAAGUGGCAGACUUAGGGAGCAGCCUGAAUAUGCCAUCUCUCAGAGAUGGCGCAAGAGUGCUUAUGAAACUUAUGCCACCAGAUAGCACCACCAUAGAGAAGCUGAGGGCCAUUUGCCUCGACCACGCCAAGCUCGGAGAAAGCAGCCUCAGCCCAUCUCUCGACUCGCUCUUCUUUGGUCCUUCCGCUUCCCAAGUGCUGUACCUGACCGAGGUGGUCUAUGCCUUGCUCAUGCCUGCGGGGGCGCCUCUGGCUGAAGACUCCUCUGAUUUCCAGUUUCACUUCUUGAAAAGUGGUGGCCUGCCCCUGGUCCUGAGUAUGCUGACCCGAAACAACUUCCUGCCCAAUGCGGACAUGGAGACCCGGAGGGGUGCCUACCUCAAUGCCCUGAAAAUAGCCAAGCUCUUGCUGACGGCCAUCGGCUACGGCCACGUCCGCGCUGUGGCGGAGGCGUUCCAGCCGGGCGUAGAAGGCGUGAACCCUCUGACAGCGGUCAACCAAGUCACGCACGACCAGGCGGUGGUGCUGCAGAGCGCGCUGCAGAGCAUCCCGAACCCGUCGUCCGAGUGCAUGCUGCGGAACGUGUCCAUCCGCCUGGCCCAGCAGAUCUCCGACGAGGCUUCGAGGUACAUGCCCGACAUCUGUGUGAUCAGAGCCAUCCAGAAAAUCAUCUGGGCCUCCGGGUGUGGGGCUCUGCAGCUGGUGUUCAGCCCAAAUGAAGAAAUCACUAAAAUUUAUGAGAAGUCCAACGUGGGCAACGAGCUGGACCUGGAGGACGAACAGGUUUGCUGCGAGGCGCUGGAGGUGAUGACGCUGUGUUUUGCCUUGAUUCCCACGGCCUUGGACGCUCUCAGCAAAGAGAAGGCGUGGCAGACCUUCAUUAUCGACUUGCUGCUGCACUGUCACAGCAAGACUGUCCGCCAGGUGGCGCAGGAGCAGUUCUUCCUGAUGUGCACCAGGUGCUGCAUGGGCCACCGGCCGCUGCUCUUCUUCAUCACGCUGCUCUUCACCGUCCUGGGGAGCACAGCCAGGGAGAGAGCUAAGCACUCCGGUGACUACUUCACUCUCCUGCGGCACCUUCUGAAUUACGCUUACAACAGCAACAUUAACAUACCCAAUGCCGAAGUUCUGCUCAACAAUGAAAUCGAUUGGCUGAAAAGAAUUAGGGAUGAAGUGAAGAGAACAGGUGACACAGGUGUCGAGGAGACGAUCUUGGAAGGCCACCUGGGGGUAACAAAGGAGCUGCUGGCCUUUCAGACCCCCGAGAAGAAGUAUCACAUCGGUUGUGAGAAGGGAGGUGCUGGCCUCAUUAAAGAGUUAAUUGACGACUUCAUCUUCCCCGCCUCCAACGUGUACCUGCAGUACAUGAGGAACGGGGAGCUGCCCGCGGAGCAGGCCAUCCCCGUCUGCAGCUCACCGGCUACCAUCAACGCUGGCUUUGAGCUACUGGUGGCAUUGGCGGUUGGCUGCGUGCGGAAUCUCAAGCAGAUAGUAGAGUCUUUGACUGAAAUGUAUUACAUUGGCACAGCAAUAACUACAUGUGAAGCACUUACUGAGUGGGAGUAUCUGCCCCCUGUUGGACCCCGCCCUCCCAAAGGAUUUGUGGGGCUGAAGAAUGCCGGUGCUACCUGCUACAUGAACUCUGUGAUCCAGCAGCUCUACAUGAUCCCCUCCAUCAGGAACGGUAUUCUUGCCAUUGAAGGCACAGGUAGUGAUGUAGAUGAUGAUAUGUCUGGGGAUGAGAAGCAGGACAAUGAGAGCAAUGUUGAUCCCAGAGACGAUGUCUUCGGAUACCCUCAGCAAUUUGAAGACAAGCCAGCGCUGAGUAAAACGGAGGACAGGAAGGAAUACAACAUCGGUGUCCUCAGGCACCUGCAGGUUAUCUUUGGCCACUUGGCUGCUUCUCGGCUGCAGUACUAUGUGCCCCGAGGAUUCUGGAAGCAGUUCAGGCUUUGGGGUGAGCCUGUUAAUCUGCGUGAGCAACAUGAUGCUUUAGAAUUUUUUAAUUCUUUGGUGGAUAGUUUAGAUGAAGCUUUGAAAGCCUUAGGACAUCCUGCUAUGCUAAGUAAAGUUUUAGGAGGUUCCUUUGCUGAUCAGAAGAUUUGCCAAGGCUGCCCACAUAGAUACGAGUGUGAAGAAUCUUUUACGACUCUGAAUGUAGACAUUCGAAAUCACCAAAAUCUUCUUGAUUCUUUGGAACAGUAUGUGAAAGGAGAUUUAUUAGAAGGUGCAAAUGCAUAUCAUUGUGAGAAAUGCAAUAAGAAGGUUGAUACUGUAAAACGCCUGCUAAUUAAAAAAUUACCUCCUGUUCUUGCUAUUCAACUGAAACGAUUCGACUAUGACUGGGAAAGAGAGUGUGCCAUCAAGUUCAAUGAUUACUUUGAGUUUCCUCGAGAGCUGGACAUGGAGCCUUACACGGUGGCAGGCGUUGCCAAGCUGGAGGGGGAUAACGUGACCCCAGAGAGUCAGCUGAUCCAGCAGAACGAGCAGUCCGAGAGCGAGGCGGCGGGCAGCACCAAGUACAGGCUCGUGGGCGUGCUGGUCCACAGCGGCCAGGCGAGCGGCGGCCACUAUUACUCUUACAUCAUCCAGAGGAACGGGGUGGACGGCGAGAGAAAUCGCUGGUAUAAAUUCGACGAUGGCGAUGUGACCGAGUGUAAAAUGGAUGACGACGAAGAAAUGAAAAACCAGUGUUUCGGGGGAGAGUACAUGGGAGAAGUGUUCGAUCACAUGAUGAAGCGCAUGUCAUACAGGCGCCAGAAAAGGUGGUGGAAUGCCUACAUACUCUUUUAUGAGCGACUGGACACAAUAGACCAAGGCGAUGAGUUGGUAAGAUACAUAUCCGAGCUGGCUGUCACCAGCAGACCCCAUCAGAUCGUCAUGCCCUCGGCCAUCGAGAGAAGCGUGCGCAAACAGAACGUGCAGUUCAUGCAUAACCGGAUGCAGUACAGCCUGGAAUAUUUCCAGUUCAUGAAAAAACUGCUUACGUGUAAUGGUGUUUACUUAAAUCCUCCUCCCGGGCAAGACCACCUGUUGCCUGAAGCAGAAGAAAUCACCAUGAUUAGUAUUCAGCUUGCUGCUAGGUUCCUCUUCACCACAGGGUUUCACACCAAGAAAGUAGUCCGCGGCUCGGCCAGUGAUUGGUAUGAUGCAUUGUGUAUUCUCCUUCGUCACAGCAAGAAUGUGCGCUUUUGGUUUGCUCAUAACGUCCUUUUCAAUGUUUCCAAUCGCUUCUCUGAAUACCUCUUGGAGUGCCCCAGUGCAGAAGUGAGGGGUGCGUUUGCCAAGCUGAUCGUCUUCAUUGCGCACUUCUCCUUGCAAGAUGGCCCCUGCCCUUCACCUUUUGCAUCUCCAGGACCUUCUAGUCAGGCUUAUGACAACCUAAGCCUCAGCGAUCACCUGCUGAGAGCGGUGCUGAACCUCCUGAGGAGGGAGGUCUCGGAGCACGGGCGCCAUCUGCAGCAGUAUUUCAACCUGUUCGUGAUGUAUGCCAACUUAGGUGUGGCCGAGAAGACACAGCUUCUGAAACUGAGUGUGCCUGCCACCUUCAUGCUUGUGUCUUUGGACGAAGGCCCAGGUCCCCCCAUCAAAUACCAGUAUGCUGAGUUGGGCAAGCUGUACUCAGUAGUGUCACAGCUGAUCCGCUGUUGCAAUGUCUCGUCAAGAAUGCAGUCCUCAAUCAAUGGUAAUCCUCCUCUUCCCAACCCUUUUGGUGAUCCCAAUUUAUCACAGCCUAUAAUGCCAAUUCAGCAGAAUGUGGCAGACAUUUUAUUUGUGAGGACAAGUUAUGUGAAGAAAAUCAUUGAGGAUUGCAGUAACUCGGAGGAGACCGUCAAACUGCUUCGUUUUUGCUGCUGGGAGAAUCCUCAGUUCUCAUCCACUGUCCUCAGUGAACUUCUGUGGCAGGUUGCGUAUUCCUACACGUACGAGCUGCGGCCCUAUUUGGACCUGCUUUUGCAAAUCCUGCUGAUCGAGGACUCCUGGCAGACGCACAGAAUUCAUAAUGCACUUAAAGGAAUCCCAGAUGACCGCGAUGGGCUGUUUGACACAAUCCAGCGCUCUAAGAAUCACUAUCAAAAGAGAGCGUACCAGUGCAUAAAGUGUAUGGUGGCUCUCUUUAGCAAUUGUCCUGUUGCUUACCAGAUUUUGCAGGGCAACGGAGAUCUGAAAAGAAAGUGGACCUGGGCAGUGGAGUGGCUCGGAGAUGAGCUCGAAAGACGACCAUACACUGGCAACCCUCAGUACACGUACAACAACUGGUCUCCUCCGGUGCAAAGCAAUGAGACCUCAAAUGGUUAUUUCUUGGAGAGAUCGCAUAGUGCUAGGAUGACCCUUGCAAAAGCUUGUGAACUCUGUCCAGAGGAGGUAAACAAAGCCACCAGUGUGCAGCAGAUAGGAAUGGAAGAAGCCAAAGAGCCAGAUGACCAAGAUGCACCAGAUGAGCAUGAGUCGCCUCCCCCCGAAGAUGCCCCGCUAUACCCCCACUCCCCCGGAUCUCAGUAUCAACAGAACAACCAUGUGCACGGACAGCCGUACACCGGCCCCGCGGCGCAUCACAUGAACAACCCUCAGAGAGCUGGCCAGCGAGCACAAGAAAACUACGAAGGCAGCGAAGAAGUGUCCCCGCCUCAGACGAAGGAUCAGUGAAACGCACACGCCUAACUGGUUCCAUCAAGACUGUGCACCCAGGCCUUACAGUCCAACCUUUUUCUGUGUCUGGCUAAUAUUUAAAACUUAAAAAAAAAAAAACUACAAAAAAAAAACAAAACAAAAAAACCAACAACAAAAAAAACUAUUCCUAAUCAACAUGGAGUGGAAAGUUUAUUCACUGUCUCAUCUGCAGAAACUUGCUGUCCAUAUAUAACCCGCCUGCAGUGGAAAGUGUAUAGUGUUUUGUAAUAAAUGGCCUGAUGCUAAUGUGUAAAUGGCAAAGGUGUAUAUAGUAUAUUAAUGUUUGACUGUUAAUUCUUAAGCAAGAACCUUUUUUCUUGAUGAGACUCGCAGAUCUCCAAAAGCGACAGAAGUUCAUUUUCUCGUUCUCCCCAGUGCACUCGGCAGCCAGCGCUCUGCCUCGGCUGGCCGAUCAGCCCCUUCCCAAAAACACAAACCAACAGCAGCCCAUCCAUGUCAGCCGCACCCGUAGGCUCACGUUCCUCCUCCGCCACCAGAGUCAGUCUCAUUGUGAUGAGUGGGAGGCUGCCAGCCUGGAAAUGACUCGGUUGAUGUGGCGCAUUGGUGAUGUAGCCUUGUUUCUAGAUCUUUUUCAUUGCCUUUUUACUCGGACCUUAGUUCAUCCUUUCGAAGCUGUAGUUACGCUGUGACAUUUAGCAUGGCUUCCCACAGGUUAGUGUAGCCAGUGAGGACAAAUCACCAGGACGGCGGCUGUCCCAGGCGACGGCUGUCGCGCUCAGCUUUUCCUUCUACGCCUAGAACAUACGCUAGACACCAAGGGGAGAACCGUGGCGAACAGGCGGUUUUCAGUUAGUUUCACAUCCGUUGCUUACACCUGAUGGACAGCUCGAUCUCUGGGUGGGAUAGAGAGACUUAAGUGUCAGUGAUGGGAAUUGUAAAACAUUGAAGACAAAUAUGCAAAACUUGGCUCUGUCAGGAUGCUCGGAGCCUAAUAGAAGACUGUAUUUGGUGUGCUUGUUUUGUUUCUUUGGUAGAGCUCAUUAGGUGUGUCUUCUCGAACUUUCCUUCUGAAUCACAGUGAAGCGGAAGUCCUCGGGCCCCACAGAGCUUGGUGCCACUGCACCAAGGCGUCCGGUUGAGUUUGCUCAGCCAGUUUUACUUGAAAGCAAGAAUCGUCCUAGCUCCUUUUCCCUGACCCCAAAAAGGUUUAACAUUUGAAGCAGGGUCUGAUUGAAGAGGGAAUACUGGUUGGUGACCGUCUUUGAGGUGUGGUGAUUUCAGAACAAACUGACUUAAAGAUAAGCAACGCAUCGGUUCAUACUGUAUUGGAAAGCAUUGGUAACUUGAAUCUGUGUAAGUUUUUGGAACCUGUCUGGAAACCCAACACCCCUGCACACAGAUACAGCCCCCCCCUGUUCUGUUGAAAUAUUUUGCUGUUUUGUUUUAUAGAAAUUAUUUUGCUCAAUUCACAAAUAGAGUUUGAUUUAAGAACUUUUUGUCUUGGUGUGGUGGUGUUUUUUGUCCUUUUUUCCGGAAGGACUGCGUAUUGAAGUGAGUUCUGUGCAUAGCCCGCCUCGGCAGGCGGCUGGAGCCGGUUCAGUCACCUGGAGUUGGUGUGCCCAGGGAGGGCUGACCUUGGCCCUUCACUGAGGAUUUAGGGAAACGGGCCGCUGCCCCUGAGACGGCUUCCCAACAAUCAAUCUUGUACUUUUUGUAUGUUUUUUAUAUACAUGUGUAUUUAAUGAGCACAAGCUUGGUUGUACUUUUUAAAGUUCAGUUAACAGGAAACUUGUCAAAAGGCUGUGGUUGGAACGGAUGAAAGCAGAGACAACAUUGUGGUCGGAGGGGGCGGUGUUUCAGAUGAAGCUUUGGGUAUCUUGCAGUUCUCUGCAGUCAAUCUGCGCUUCUAGGUUUUCUGUGAUCCUAGGAAAUUUGGACACCAGAUAGAUCCUGUUUUUUACCUUAAAUAUAUUACAUCUGAAUGUGUUCAGUUUGAUGGAAGCUGUUCGCAAUUCCAUUUGGUCAUUUUUCCUUGAAAAGUUCCUCAAUUCCAAGCUUCCUUAGCAAUAGGUUCACCUGAUUUGGACAAGUCGCCCUCGUUAAACACACCAUCUCACCAUCCGAGAGGCGACUGGCAUUCCCUACUCCUUAACAAACUACUUCAUUUAGCAACUUGAAUGGCUUGACGUUCUAGAAGGCUGUGGAUUUUUCUCCUCGGAGGGAGCUCCGACCGUGGUUGCUUGCCGUGUCCAAGUCCCCUGGUGCCAGGUGAGGCGUGUGACUCCGUUUUCCCUCCAUUUGAGGAGGAGUGGUCUGUGUUAUGACCAGGAUCAAGGGGAAAUGAAGUUAUUUUUGUUUGUUUGUGCAAAUUAUUUUCUAUGUUUAACUCUUAAACAAGCAUUAACGUAUAACCGGAAAUUUUAAGAUGCAUGUUACUGUAAGAGCAACGUAGUGGUGAUUUUGAGAUCUUUUUCUGAACAUAAAUGGCACAUUUUAAACUUCAAGUCUUCAAAGUGCCUAAAGAUUAUUUAUCCCUCAACUGAUUUCUUGAGCCAUAUAUAUAUUUCCUACUUUCAAUGUUUGUUGCGGAAUCGCUAGUCUUCCUUUCGAAGAAGUAUCCCCAGAAUUCUAAAUGGCAUGAUUCCUUUCUAGAAGACGGUAGAAGCUGUUGACCUAAAGACUGAAGAUAUUUUCACUGUUCAUCUGUGAGCAAGGGCUUCGCCCUGUUGGAUCGAAGUGUUUUCGUGCACAACCUGGUAAAAACCACAUUGCUGCUGUUUCCAAGCCCUCCACCAAGCAGAUUUCCCUGUUCAGCAUCGUAGAGGCAGACAUAACACCAUCCGAUUUGGGGGUUUUGUCUUUCGUUGAUUUUUCUCAGUAAUAAUUUCCCAACCUUGUGUCUUUUAGCUCUUAUGUAUACAAAUUUAGAAUUAUUAAAAUGUUUUAUAUUUUUUCAUGGUUAACUUUUAUUAGCGAAUAACAACUACUUAAGUAUUUAAUCCUCGUAGUGGUUCAAAAGAUGAGCGUCCUUUUUUUAUUUGCAUUACAUUUCUAAACGAAAGCAGCAGUCUGAAUAUUCAGAUAACUCCAAAAGAGUUCCUUUCAAGUGUUUUUUAGUAUUUUUCCAGCUCAUGUUCUCCCAAGAACUCUGCUGAAUUUUGUGGUUCAUUUGGUGGAUACCCUGCCUUAUUUAGAAUUGUAACUGGAUAAGAAAAUUGCCUUUUCAUUCAUUAUAAGUGCCCGAUUUUGGUCUCUAGUUUGAAGGUACCUACAUACUGCCUAGCGAGUAGAACACGCCCUCCCCCUCCCCCUCCCCUUCCCUCCCCCGCCCCCCAGUUUUGUGUUACCGGGAAAACCAUUCAGUACUGGUUUCAUAGUAAGGCUCAACCGGAAUUGGUCCCGCACCGAUGGGAGUGUUUAGUGUUUGGAAAGUUGGUGGGUGUGAUUCACUACAGAAAUGCUCAAUGUAUUACCUUGCUGCCGAUUGUAUUUCUGACGAUUCAUUUGUUUGCAAAAUGUAGCACUUCUCCUCCAAACUUAGAGGUGUGAGAAAAAGGGGGGAAAGAUACAUCAUGUUUUAAACUUGGAAAUCAGUGAAAUGUUUUUAUUUUGAAACCCAGAUUCCCAAAAGGAAAUUUCACCACCAGAUCACACACUUCUCAGCCUUUUUCAAGCCGAGACUGACUGAAGAUUGUCCACAGGUCCUAAGAUUUAGCACAUAUACAAAAAAAUAAAACUUUCUAAAUUAAA